UUUUUCUUAUUAUCAUUAUUUUUCAUUUGUUUCUGUCAAUUGUCUCAGCAAAGUUCUGGAAGAAAGGAUUUGGACCCAUCUUUUUCUAUACUGGCAAUGAAGGCAACAUCUGGACUUUUGCUCAGAACUCUGAUUUCAUAUUUGAAUUAGCAGAGGAACAGCAAGCACUUGUCAUUUUUGCUGAGCAUAGGUACUAUGGAAAGUCUCUUCCAUUUGGGCUUGAGUCAACACAGCUGAAGAAGACUGCUCUGCUCACCAUUGAACAAGCCCUUGCUGACUAUGCAGUGCUCAUUACUGAGCUCAAACAGCAAUUUGGUGCUGCAGACUGCCCUGUCAUCGCUUUCGGAGGCAGCUAUGGAGGAAUGCUGAGUGCUUACCUGAGGAUGAAAUACCCAAACGUCGUGGCUGGAGCAUUAGCUGCCAGUGCUCCUCUGCUGUCUGUGGCUGGGCUUGGAGACCCCACCCAGUUCUUUAGAGAUGUCACAGCGGAUUUUCAGAAGUCCAGCCCAGGCUGCGUCACAGCCGUCCGCAAAGCCUUCCAGCAGAUCAAGGACCUGUGCCUCAGAGGAGCCUGUGAUGAGGUCAGCAGCAAAAUGGCCACAUGCAACAAGAUCUCUAGCAAGGAGGAUGUUUACCAGCUGUUUGGGUUUGCUAGAAAUGCCUUCACCAUGAUGGCCAUGAUGGACUACCCUUACAAAACCGACUUCAUGGGUCACCUCCCUGCCAAUCCAGUGAAGGUCAGCUGUGAACAAAUUCUUGCCCACAAAGACCCAAUUCAAGGCUUGGCUGCUCUUGUUGGGGUGUUCUACAACUCCUCUGGCUCAGCACAGUGUUACGACGUGUACCAGCUGUACCAGUCCUGUGCUGACCCCACAGGCUGCGGCAUCGGCUCAGACGCAGAGGCGUGGGACUACCAGGUUUGCACCGAGAUCAACUUAACUUUCAACAGCAACAACGUGACAGACAUGUUCCCUGAGAUGCCCUUCACGGAGGCCAUGCGUGAGCAGUACUGCUGGAACAGGUGGCGUGUGAGGCCACGAGCACACUGGCUGCAGAUAAACUUUUGGGGAGGAGACCUGAAAAGUGCAAGCAACAUCAUUUUUUCCAAUGGAGACUUGGACCCGUGGGCUGGAGGUGGGAUAAACAGCAGCCUCAGUCCUUCACUGAUUGCACUGACUGUUAAAGGAGGUGCCCAUCACCUCGAUCUGCGGGGACACAACCCAGCCGACCCCCCAUCCGUCAGGGACGUGCGCAGGCUGGAGGCUGGCAUCAUCCAGGGCUGGGUGAAAUCUGCGCGGACGGAGCGGGAGCAGCGCGUGGCAGCAGCAGGGCACGGCUGGCUGUGA